AUGGCGGAGGAUGUGGCGCAGCUUCUAGAUCACCUCGGCUGGCAUUCCAAGGUCCACCUGGUGGGUCAGAGCCUGGGCGCCAAUGUCUGCAUGAAGGCCGCUGCCAAGCAGCCCGACCGCUUCGCAUCCCUCACCAUGCUGGGCGGGGUGCUCAGCGGCAUGCACAUGCUGAAGAACGCCUGCCUCCAGACGCCCCGCCUGACUGUCACGAAUCUUUUUGGGAGCCGCAGCGAGAAGCUGGCAUGCAGCCUGAAGUUCCACUUCACCAAGGACUUUCUGGAGGCAGACACAGGGAACGGGAAGCCUCGGCUGCAGGCCAUGGUGGAGAAGCUGGAAGGCGAGAUCGCCGAGCGCCGCGCACUGCAGCCCGACCGCCGCAUCGCUGCUGCGAGGAAGAAAGGGCGCUGGGGCCAGCUGUGGGCCACCGCGAUGCACAGCAUGAAGGGGUCGGAGGAGCGCGCCAUCCGGCACGCGCCACACCUGCGGCCCCUCGUCCUGCAUGGCUGGGAGGACAGGCUUAUCUCCCCCAGCCACCUCCAGAAGCUGGGCCACUCGCUGGGGGCCCGCAUGCUGGCGGUUCCCGCUGGCCAUGCCGGCAUCGGCAUCGAGGCCUGCGAGACCAUCGCCCAUGCUUUCCAGAACCAGAUCCUGGGUGGAGGCGUGCUGGGCACUGGCAGCGGUGUGCCCCCCUCCUGCCAGGCCCUGCGCUACCCUGGAAUGCACACCUUGGGCGGCGCCUGCUCGGAGGGUCUGGAUGAUGCGCUGGAGCGGGGGUCCCACGCAGAGAGCGCGGGCGGUGGCCGGUGA